ACUCAGUCUAUUUGUUACUAUUCUCAACUGAAAAUAUCAGGCAGAGUUUGCAACUUUCUUUCUUCGAGUAAACGCUUACAGAAGUAGGAGGGAAAUGGCCAAUACAUUCAGAAGCCAAUUUAUGAACAUCCAUCUGAAUAAUCCAGUGAAGUAUGGCCUCCUUGCUGCAGCAGCCAGUUUGUUUAUAAUUUCCAUGGUAAUUCUAGGCUGGCAGAUCUGCAUUUACUGCAAGCGCAAGACUGGAAAAGGAACGAAAGCAAAAAAGGACGAUGGUGAGACUGGUCCGAAGAAACAAUAUACAGAAAAAAGCAGCUUAUCAACAAGCAGCAACUCCAUAGAUUUCUUAAGCAUAUCUGAUGAAGAGGAAUAUUUAUGUAUAGGAAAACACGAUUACAAGACACAGAAGCUGCAAGAAGGUAUGGAAAAGCUAAAUUAUUAUCUUCAAAGCAAUGCCACCGAUAAACUGAGAUGGAUUCAGAAGAGGGGGAAUCUGGUUACCGACUCGAUGGUUUAUGUUGCGGGAAAGAUUACAUUUUCUCUUUCAUACGACAAUAAACAGGCACAGUUACACCUGACGGUAGCCGGAGCAUCCGACCUUCCUGGUCGAAUCGUUAGUCAGAGUGUUGACCCUUUCGUUCGAAUAAAGCUCAUGUCCAGUGUGCAGUCGGAAGAGUCAACACACCAGUUCAUACUUCACCAGUGGAACACAAAGGUUGUGAAGAACACGAGAAACCCUUCAUUUGGAGAGCAGUUCACCUGUUCUAUUGAAACGCACGUCCUCAGGAAAACAACUUUAAAACUAGAGGUCUGGAAUGUUGACAAAUAUUCACGGCGAGACAUUCUAGGGGAAGUGAGGACAUCGUUCAGUGCCUUGAAUUUAUCAGACACGCUGAAAUUCUGUGAGGAAUUACAAAAGCCACAAAAGGACACCGUUGGAGAAAUUCUUGUGUCUCUGAGAUAUCUUCCAACAGCCCAGAGACUUGAAGCUGGGCUGCUGAAGGUGAAAAGUGCCUGCUUGAUCAGCAAUCUGAACAUAGGUAUCUACACAAGAAUAGAUUUCUACGUCAAUCAGCGCAAACAGAAGCACCAGAAAACAUCCACAAAGACAAAGUCUGCAAUGACUGUGUUUAAUGAAGUGAUUUCUUUUACUGUGGGAGACUCGGCCAUCAACCAUUCCAUGAUUAUAAUCUCGGUGUAUGAAACCUCUUUCUCCAAGGACGGUGAGAGACAUCUUGUCGGGCGAGCGUAUGUGGGGAGGAAGAAAUCGAGAGAAGAUGAUCAUUGGCUCUCCAUGCUGCAGUGCUUGAGACGGCCUGUGGCAAAGUGGCAUCCACUGUUAAUCUAAGUUCACCCACUGGGAUCUGUCCUACCAUCACCACUCAUUAGCACUUUAAGACAGCAACGAUGGGAAGGGGAUGCUUCAGGGCACAGAGUAUCUUCUCUCAUUUGAAACAAACUUGAUUUAGAAUUUGUGUGACGUGCAAUGCUGCAACCUGAAAAAAAAACAGCCGGCUCCUUUCAAGUGUUCACAAAACCCUGAAAACACAUUUAGAGCAGAAUACAAUUGAUUCUGAAUUAUUUAGUACCUGUGGAGCCAAUGGUUACCCCAGGAUUGCACAUCUGUUGAUUCUGGAGUACAGCACAGAGACUGCUUACCAAUAGUUAGUGUGUUUAAUGUAUAAUGGAUGGGAAAUACAGGCAAAUACCAUCAUUACUGCUGUUUAACUUGUAGUUUUAGCCACUGUUGCACCUCAUACUACCUGAGCUCAAAAGGUGCAGAGCUGGGCAGCAGUGGACUCCUCGAAAUCGUCAGUGAUAAAGGACUUUCAUCUGAUGUAGCAACUUAUCAUGUUGAGAGGUCUAAUUGCUUCAUAAGUAAUUACUGUCAUGUGUAGUGAUGUGUAGUGUUUUUAUAGACAAAUGCAAAAGGUCCUGUGAACAACCCUGGAAUAAGUGAUCAAUAAAUUUGGAGGAUUG